ACUACCACCUCUAGCAAAAAGAAAAAAGUAAACAAACACGAUUGUUUUUUAACCAUCUUGCUAGAAAUCUUAAAAAACUGGAUAAAAAUAAAAUGUUAGAUGGAUGGUAUUGUCGUAGUCUGGCCAAUGAACAACAAGCAGCACAACAGAAUGAAAAUAAUGAACAAAACAUGGGAUUGAAUGAGGACACUGAUUCAGAUAGUCAAGAUAAUGAUGAAAGUCGACAGGGUGGAGGAGGUGCCACCAGCAGCAAUGUGGAUUAUAAGAAUCAGUAUAGGUAUUUAAAGAGAAAACUAAAAUUUUUGAUCUAUGAAAAUGAAUUUUUCCAAGAUGCUUUAAGAUCGAAUCAGAGACGUUUGCUCAAAGUAUCUAGGGAUAGAGCAUUUCUCUUGGAUCGUCUGCUGCAAUAUGAGAAACCUGAAAAUACUUCUUCGGAAAGUGAAGAAACUGAAGAAUCUUCAGAGGAUGAGGCUACAAAGGAGAUUAAAAAGCGUAAACUAGAACAAAGUGUGAAUGGUUCCGCAACCGGUUCCACACGGGGACGCAAAAAGAAGAACUCUGUUCCAACUCCUGUCAAUGAAACUUCUGAUCAAAUAGCUAACCCAGCCUUCAAUCACUUAGAUGUAGUUGGUGUAAAUCAGCAAGCUCAAGCAGAGGUGGAAAGACAGUUGUCUAAACGUUCGGUUAUGGAUUUGAUACCAGAACGUGCUCCAGCAACAGUGCCGGCGGAAAUGUUUAGUAAUGAACCAUCAUUAGAUAGUGAGCCAACAGAUCAUUUGGUAGACGGCUCUUCGCCUACGCAUGUGGCAGCAGAAGAAUGUGUUCCCAUGGAAUACAGUAAUUAAGUUCGAAAAACUAUUUUAAUUUUAUAAAUCAUUUAUUAUCUUUUUUUUAAAUUACACAUCUUAACUCUUUAUUGGGAAUAAAUGAAUUGAAGAACAUUUACUUACAAACUAAAAAA